UGGGAGCGAGUCAUGUUAAAUUCUCAAUCUCGCUUUGUCAUUUGACUUGUCAGCGCCGUCCCUUGCCCCCGUAGUCACUCAGGUGUUCCUUCUGAUCGCGCGCGUGCUCCUUCGUUUCCUUUCCACUCGCAAAAUCUCUUCCAUUAUCGUUCAAUUUAAUUCAUUCGCUUCAGUCGUCAAUUUUCCAUUAAGACUUUGUUAAAUUUUCUGAGAUUUCGCCAACACCCCCCCCCCCAAAAACCAAAAAAAAAAAAAAAAAGAAAACAAUCUCGAUCCCGUGCCUUUAAAGGCCCACGCCACCAUCAUCAUUUCCCUCUAUUUACUUGUCUCAUUUUCUGGGCCCUCCCGAAGGAUUGGUUUUCUGGGGUUUUGGUGGAAAUGGCGUCGAGCAUUGGUAUCAUGGACAGUGCUUACUUUGUCGGUCGGAAUGAGAUUUUGACUUGGAUCAACAGAAGACUUCAACUCAAUCUCUCGCGCGUUGAGGAGGCUGCAUCAGGUGCUGUACAAUGUCAGAUAAUGGACAUGACCUAUCCUGGGGUUGUUCCAAUGCACAAGGUGAAUUUUGAUGCGAAAUCAGAAUAUGAUAUGAUCCAGAAUUACAAAAUUCUUCAGGAAGUAUUCAACAAGCUGAAGAUUGAGAAGCAUAUUGAAGUUAGCAGGCUUGUUAAAGGCCGACCUUUGGACAAUCUGGAAUUUCUACAAUGGCUAAAACGUUAUUGUGACUCUGUGAAUGGUGGCAUUAUGAAUGAGAACUAUAAUCCUGUGGAGCGUAGGAGUAAGUGUGGAAAGGAUAAAAAUCUUAAGAGUUCUUCAAAGAGCUCAAAAUCACUGCAAACAAAUGUUGUUAAUAAUUCUGUUUCGGGCAACACACUCAGUCCUAAUAGAACCUCUGGGCCCAAGCAACAUAGGUCAAGUGGUGCAGCAGGCGUGGCUAAUUCUUCAGCAGAUAUCCAAGCUUUGUCCCAGGAGAUAACUGAUCUCAAGCUCUCUGUGGAUGUCCUGGAAAAAGAAAGAGACUUUUACUACGCAAAACUAAGGGAUAUAGAAAUUCUGUGUCAGACUCCACAACUGGAGAACGUACCUAUGACCAUAGCAAUCAAGAAGAUUUUGUAUGCUGCUGAUGCAAAGGAGUCAGCGUUAGAUGAAGCUCAGGAUUGCCUUAAUCAAAUUUUGGAAGCUGCUCAAUCUGAAGAAGGAGGAGGAGGACGAUCAGAAGUGGAAGCAGAAAAUGAAGCUUGAUUUCUUGCAAAAAUGACACCUGACUGGUAUGCGCAAGAUAUUUGCCAGGCUUCGUGUUGAACAAAUCGGAACAGGGGAUUGUAGCUUUAUGGUGCCUCUUGCUUCUCCUUGUAUGUGCUGGAUUGAUAUUCUCUGAGGAAACUGUGACUGGUAUUUCCAGUAUAGUUUUUUCAUUGUACGCCUCUGCUAUUGAAUAUGAAUAUCUCCAAUGAUUGCUGCUUGAGAAA